UAAAUAUGUAUGUAUGUGUGUGUGUAAAUUUGUGUGUGCGUGUGUCUUUAUAUGUGUAUGUAUGUGUGUAGGUGUGUGUGUGUGUAUAUAUAUAUAUUUAUAUAUAUACAAAUAUAUAUAAAUAUAUAUACACAAAUAUAUAUAUACAAAUAUAUAUAUAUUUGUGUAUAUAUAUAAAUAUAUAUAUUUGUAUACAAAUACAUAUAUAUUUGUAUAUUUGUGUUUGUGUGUGUGUGUGUGUGUGUAUAUAUAUAUAUAUAUGUGUGUGUGUGUGUGUGUGUGUGUGUGUAUAUAUAUAUUUAUAUAUAUACAAAUAUAUAUUUGUAUACAAAUAUAUAUAUACAAAUAUAUAUAUAUUUGUAUAUAUCAGAAUUAUUUCGUUUCUGUCUCGAUUCGAUCCCCGGCAGAUCUCUUGCCUGCACAGCCUCUACUACCCUCCGGCGCGGGAGCGAAAGCUCCAUGUCACCGGGGUCUCCUGGAGUUCCACCGGCGCCGUGGUGGCCUGUUCCUACGGCAGGUGAGCCCCCCAUAGAUCUUCCCCCCAUAGAUCUUCUCCCCCCCAAAAUCCCCCCCUGAAAAAUCCCCAAAAAAUUCCCCUGAAAAAUCCCCCCCCCCCAAAAGAAUCCAGCCCAGAUUUCCCCCAAAGACAUCUCACCCUAUAGAUAUUUCUCCCCGAAUAUUUCACCCCGAAUAUAUUUUCCACUGGAGAUAUUUCCCCCCCAAGUAUAUUCGUGCUAGAGAUAUUUUGCCCCAUAGAUAUUUCCCCCCGAAUAUAUUCGCGCUAGAGAUAUUUUGCCCCAUAGAUAUUUCCCCCCGAAUAUAUUCGCGCUAGAGAUAUUUUGCCCCAUAGAUAUUUCCCCCCGAAUAUAUUCGCGCUACAGAUAUCUUGCCCCAUAGAUAUUUCCCCUGAAUAUAUUCGCGCUAGAGAUAUUUUGCCCCAUAGAUAUUUCCCCCCGAAUAUAUUCGCGCUAGAGAUAUUUUGCCCCAUAGAUAUUUCCCCCCGAAUAUAUUCACGCUAGAGAUAUUUUGCCCCAUAGAUAUUUCCCCGAAUAUAUUCGCGCUAGAGAUAUUUUGCCCCAUAGAUAUUUCCCCCGAAUAUAUUCGCGCUAGAGAUAUUUUGCCCCAUAGAUAUUUCCACCCGAAUAUAUUCACGCUAGAGAUAUUUUGCCCCAUAGAUAUUUUCCCCCGAAUAUAUUCACGCUAGGGAUAUUUUGCCCCAUAGAUAUUUCACCCCGAAUAUAUUUGCCCUAGAGAUAUUUUGCCCCAUAGAUAUUUCCCCCAAAUAUAUUUCCACCGGAGAUAUUUCCCCCCCCCCCGAAUAUAUUCCCCCUGGAGAUAUUUUGCCCCAUAGAUAUUUCCCCCCGAAUAUAUUUUCCUCCGAAGAUAUUUCACCCAGAAUAUAUUCCCCCUGGAGAUAUUUUGCCCCAUAUAUAUUUCACCCCGAAUAUAUUUCCACCAGAGAUAUUUUGCCCCAUAGAUAUGUCACCCCGAAUAUAUUUCCCCCGAAUAUAUUCCCCCCUGGAGAUAUUUCCCCCAUAUAUAUUUCACCCCGAAUAUAUUCCCCCUGGAGAUAUUUUCCCCAUAAAUAUUUCCCCCCCCAAUAUAUUCCCCCCUGGAGAUAUUUCCCCCAAAGAUAUUUCACCCCAAAGAUAUUUCCCCCGAAGAUUUUUCACCCCAGAGAUAUUUCACCCCGAAUAUAUUCCCCCUGGAGAUAUUUCCCCCAUAUAUAUUUCCCCCCAAUAUAUUUUCCUCCGAAGAUUUUUCUCCCCAGAGAUAUUCCCCCCCCGAAAAUAUUUCUCCCCAAAGAUAUUUCCCCCCCAAUAUAUUCCCCCCUGGAGAUAUUUCCCCCAAAGAUUUUCACCCCCAAAGAUAUUUUCCCCAUAUAUAUUUCCCCCCAAUAUAUUUUCCUCCGAAGAUUUUUCUCCCCAGAGAUAUUCCCCCCCGAAGAUUUUUCACCCCAAAUAUAUUUUCCCCAUAUAUAUUCCCCCCCCAUAUAUUUUCCUCCGAAGAUUUUUCUCCCCAGAGAUAUUCCCCCCCGAAGAUUUUUCACCCCAAAGAUAUUUCACCACAAAAAUAUUUCCCCCAUAUAUAUUUCCCCCCGAAUAUAUUUUCCUCUGAAGAUUUUUCUCCCCAGAGAUAUUCCCCCCUGAAAAAUUCCCCCUGAAGAUAUCUCCCCAUAAAGAUAUUUCCCCCAGAGAUAUUUCACCCCAAAGAUUUUCCCCCCGAAGAUUUUUCUCCCCAGAGAUAUUUCACCCCGAAUGUAUUCCCCCUGGAGAUAUUUUCCCCAUAUAUAUUUUCCCCCCAAUAUAUUUUUCUCCGAAGAGUUUUCUCCCCAGAGAUAUUCCCCCCCAAAGAUUUUUCACCCCAAAGAUAUUUCACCCCAACGAUAUUUCCCCAAAGAUAUUUCCCCCAGAGAUAUUUCACCCCAAAGAUAUUUCACCCCAAAGAUAUUCCCCCCUGAAGAUAUUUCCCCCAGAGAUAUUUCACCCCAAAGAUAUGUUCCCCGAAGAUUUUUCACCCCAGAGAUAUUUCACCCCAAAGAUAUUUCACCCCAAAGAUAUUUCCCCCAGAGAUAUUUCACCCCAAAGAUAUUUCCCCCGAAGAUUUUUCUCCCCAGAGAUAUUUCACCCCAAAGAUAUUUCACCCCAAAGAUAUUUCCCCCGAAGAUUUUUCUCCCCAGAGAUAUUCCCCCCAAAGAUAUCUCCCCAUAAAGAUAUUUCCCCCAGAGAUAUUUCACCCCAAAGAUAUCUUCCCCGAAGAUUUUUCUCCCCAGAGAUAUUUCACCCCAAAGAUAUUUCCCCCUGGAGAUAUUUCACCCCAAAGAUAUCUUCCCCGAAGAUAUUUCACCCCAAAGAUAUUUCACCCCAAAGAUAUUUCCCCCAGAGAUAUUUCCCCCCAAAGAUAUUUCACCCCAGAGAUAUUUCACCCCAAAGAUAUUUCCCCCCGAAUAUAUUUUCCUCCAAAGAUUUUGUCCCCAGAGAUAUUCCCCCCCGAAGAUUUUUCACCCCAAAGAUAUUUCACCCCAAAGAUAUUUCCCCCAGAGAUAUUUCACCCCAAAGAUAUGUUCCCCGAAGAUUUUUCUCCCCAGAGAUAUUUCACCCCGAAUAUAUUUUCCUCCGAAGAUAUUUCCCCCCGAAUAUAUUCCCCCUGGAGAUAUUUUGCCCCAUAUAUAUUUCACCCCAAAGAUAUUUCCCCCCCGAAGAUUUUUCACCCCAAAGAUAUUUCACCCCAGAGAUAUUUCCCCCCGAAUAUAUUCCCCCUCGCUCUCCCCCCAGAUUGGACGACGGCGACUGGGGCGCCGAGACAUCCUACGUCUGCGCCUGGAACCGCGACCGCCGGGCCCCCGACCCCCAGCGCCCGAUCUGGUCCUGGACGCCCCAGCGCCGCCAUGGGGCUGGCCUUCCACCCACGCCGCCCGUCCGUCCUCGCCGGUAGGCCCGCCCUUGCGUCUCUCGGCCAAUCCGGUCUCUGCCUUCCCCAACCCCUAUUGGUUCGAGCGGGAGGAAGGGGCGGGACUUACGUCCCGUCGGCCAAUGCGGCCUCUCUCUCCCCGAACCCGAUUGUCUCGAGUGGGAGGAAGGGGCGGGUCUUACGUCCCCUCGGCCAAUGCGGCCUCUCUCUCCCCGAACCCGAUUGUCUCGAGUGGGAGGAAGGGGCGGGUCUUACGUCCCCUCGGCCAAUCCGGCCUUUCUCUCCCCGAACCCGAUUGUCUCGAGUGGGAGGAAGGGGCGGGUCUUACGUCCCCUCGGCCAAUCCGGCCUUUCUCCCCGAACCCGAGUGUCUCGAGUGGGAGGAAGGGGCGGGUCUUACGUCCCCUCGGCCAAUCCGGCCUUUCUCUCCCCGAACCCGAUUGUCUCGAGUGGGAGGAAGGGGCGGGUCUUACGUCCCCUCGGCCAAUCCGGCCUUUCUCUCCCCGAACCCGAUUGUCUCGAGUGGGAGGAAGGGGCGGGUCUUACGUCCCCUCGGCCAAUCCGGCCUUUCUCUCCCCGAACCCGAUUGUCUCGAGUGGGAGGAAGGGGCGGGUCUUACGUCCCGUCGGCCAAUCCAGCCUUUCUCUCCCCGAACCCGAUUGUCUCGAGUGGGAGGAAGGGGCGGGUCUUACGUCCCCUUGGCCAAUCCGGCCUUUCUCUCCCCGAACCCGAUUGUCUCGAGUGGGAGGAAGGGGCGGGCCUUGCGCCCCGUCGGCCAAUCCGGCCUCCUGUUCCCCCAAGUGCCUUCCCCAACCCCUCUUGGUUCUAGCGGGAGGAAGGGGCGGGUCUUGCAUCCCAUCUGCCAACCCGGUGUCUCGGCCCCGCCUACCCCAACCCCUAUUGGCACCAGCGGGAGGAAGGGGCGGGUUUUCCAUCCCAUCGGCCAACCCGGUGUCUCGUCCCUGCCUUCCCCAUCCCCUAUUGGCUCUAGCAGCAGGAAGGGGCGGGUCUUCCAUCCCAUCGGCCAACCCGGUGUCUCGGCCCCGCCUACCCCAACCCCUAUUGGCUCUAGCGGGAGGAAGGGGCAGGUCUUGCACCCCGUCAGCCAAUCCGGUGUCUCGACCCCGCCUUCCCCAACCCCUAUUGGCACCAGCGGGAGGAAGGGGCGGGUCUUCCACUCCGUCGGCCAAUCCGGCCUUUCCCCGAACCCGAUUGUCUCGAGUGGGAGGAAGGGGCGGGUCGUACGUCCCGUCGGCCAAUCGGUCUGACGUCCCCCCACCUUCCCCAAACCCCUAUUGGUUCAAGCGGGAGGAAGGGGCGGGUCUUCCUUCCCAUCGGCCAACCUGGUGUCUCGUCCCCGCCUACUCCAACCCCUAUUGGCUCUAGCGGGAGGAAGGGGCGGGUCUUGAAUCCAUCGGCCAACCCGGUGUCUCUCCCCCCCGCCUUCCCCAACCCCUAUUGGCUGUAGCGGGAGGAAGGGGCGGGUCUUACGUCCCCUCGGCCAAUCCGGCCUCUCCCCAACCCGAUCAGCUCCAGUGGGAGGAAGGGGCGGGUCUUACGUCCUGUUGGCCAAUCUGGCCUUUCUCUCCCCGAACCCGAUUGUCUCGAGUGGGAGGAAGGGGCGGGCCUUGCGUCCCGUCGGCCAAUCCGGCCUCCUGUCCCCCCAAGUGCCUUUCCCAACCCAUAUUGGUUCAAGCGGGAGGAAGGGGCGGGCCUUGCGUUCCCUCGGCCAACCCCUCGGAGAAAGGGGCGGGUCUUCCAUCCCAACCCGGCGUCUCGUCCCCGCCUUCCCCAACCCCUAUUGGCUCUAGCAGGAGGAAGGGGUGGGUCUUACGUCCCGUCAGCCAAUCCGGCCUUUCUCUCCCCGAACCUGAUUGUCUCGAGUGGGAGGAAGGGGCGGGCCUUGCGUCCCGUCGGCCAACCCGGCGUCUCGUCCCCGCCUUCCCCAACCCCUAUUGGCUGUAGCGGGAGGAAGGGGCGGGUCCUGCGUCCUGUCAGCCAAUCCGGCCUCCUGUCCCCCCCACUUUCCCCAAACCCCUAUUGGCUCUAGCAGGAGGAAGGGGCGGGUCUUCCAUCUCAUCAGCCAACCCGGUGUCUCGUCCCCCCCGCCUUCCCCAACCCCUAUUGGUUCAAGCGGGAGGAAGGGGCGGGUCUUCCAUCUCAUCAGCCAACCCGGUGUCUCGUCCCCGCCUUCCCCAACCCCUAUUGGCUCUAGCAGCAGGAAGGGGCGGGUCUUCCGUCCUGUCAGCCAAUCUGGCCUCCUGUCCCCCCACCUUCCCCAAACCCCUAUUGGCUCUAGCAGGAGAAAGGGGUGGGUCUUCCAUCCCAUCGGCCAAUCCGGUGUCUCUUCCCCCCCGCCUUCCCCAACCCCUAUUGGCUCUAGCAGGAGGAAGGGGCGGGUCUUCCAUCCCAUCGGCCAAUCCGGCCUUUCUCUCCCCGAACCCGAUUGUCUCGAGUGGGAGGAAGGGGCGGGUCUUCCAUCCCAUCGGCCAACCCGGUGUCUCGUCCCCGCCUUCCCCAACCCCUAUUGGUUCAAGCGGGAGGAAGGGGCGGGUCUUGCAUCCCGUCAGCCAAUCUGGUGUCUCUUGCCCCCCUGCCUUCCCCAACCCCUAUUGGCUCUAGUGGGAGGAAGGGGCGGGUCUUACGUCCCCUCGGCCAAUCGGUCUUACGUCCCCCCACCUUCCCCAAACCCCUAUUGGCUCUAGCGGGAGGAAGGGGCGGGUCUUGCAUCCAUUGGCCAAUCCGGCCUCCUGUCCCCCCACCUUCCCCAAACCUCCUAUUGGCUCCAGUGGGAGGAAGGGGCGGGUCUUACGUCCCGUCGGCCAAUCCGGCCUCUCUCUCCCCGAACCCGAUUGUCUUGAGUGGGAGGAAGGGGCGGGUCUUUCAUCCCAUCGGCCAACCCGGUGUCUCGACCCCGCCUUCCCCAACCCCUAUUGGUUCAAGCGGGAGGAAGGGGCGGGUCUUACGUCCCGUCGGCCAAUUGGCCUCCUGUCCCCCCGCCUUCCCCAACCCCUAUUGGCUCUAGCGGGAGGAAGGGGCGGGUCUUGCAUCCCAUCGGACAAUCCGGCCUCCUGUCCCCCCACCUUCCCCAACCCCUAUUGGCUCUAGCAGCAGGAAGGGGCGGGUCUUACGUCCCGUCGGCCAAUCCGGCCUCUCUCUCCCCACACCCGAUUGUCUCGAGUGGGAGGAAGGGGCGGGCCUUGCGUCCCGUCGGCCAAUCAGUCUUACGUCCCCCCACCUUCCCCAAACCCCUAUUGGCUCUAUCAGGAGGAAGGGGCGGGUCUUCCAUCUCAUCAGCCAACCCGGUGUCUCGUCCCCGCCUACCCCAACCCCUAUUGGCUCUAGUGGGAGGAAGGGGCGGGUCUUCCUUCCUGUCGGCCAAUCCGCCGUCUCUCCCCCCAACCCGAUCGUCUCCAGCGGGAGGAAGGGGCGGGCCUUGCGUCCCGUCGGCCAAUCCGGCCUCCUGUCCCCCCCAGUGCCUUCCCCAACCCCUAUUGGUUCAAGCAGGAGGAAGGGGUGGGUCUUCCAUCCCAUCGGCCAAUCCGGUGUCUCUCCCCCCCGCCUUCCCCAACCCCAGUUGGCUCCAGCGGGAGGAAGGGGCGGGUCUUGCCUCCCUCGGCCAAUCCGGCUUCUCUCUCCCCUCGCAGUGGGGCUGUUCAGUGGGGAAGUCCUGGUCUGGGACACCGGCCGGCCGGAAGACCCACUGAUCUGGAGGAGCGGGAUGACGGACGACUCGCACACGGAUCCCGUCUACCAGGUAGGUGGAAAGGGGUCAGGUGACCCGGGGAGGGCGGGUCCCGGUCUGACUUCCUGUCACGUGAGCCAGGGAAGGAAGUGUCCCUUGCUGACUUCCUGUCACGUGACACAGGACGACUCGCACACGGACCCCGUGUAGCAGGUGGGUGGAAAGGGGUCAGGUGACCCGGGGAGGGCGGGUCCCGGUCUGACUUCCUGUCAUGUGAGCCGGGGGAGGGCGGGUCCCGGUCUGACUUCCUGUCGUGUGAGCCGGGGAAGGAAGUGUCCCUUGCUGACUUCCUGUCAUGUGAUACAGGACGACUCGCACACGGACCCCGUGUACCAGGUGGGUGAAAAGGGGUCAGGUGACCCGUGGAGGGCGGGUCCCGUUCUGACUUCCUGUCGUGUGACCCGGGGAGGGCGGGUCCCGGUCUGACUUCCUGUCGUGUGAGCCGGGGAAGGAAGUGUCCCUUGCUGACUUCCUGUCAUGUGAUACAGGACGACUCGCACACGGACCCCGUGUAGCAGGUGGGUGAAAAGGGGUCAGGUGACCCGGGGAGGGCGGGUCCCGGUCUGACUUCCUGUCAUGUGAGCCGGGGAAGGAAGUGUCCCUUGCUGACUUCCUGUCAUGUGAGCCAGGGAAGGAAGUGUCCCUUGCUGACUUCCUGUCAUGUGAUACAGGACGACUCGCACACGGACCCCGUGUAGCAGGUGGGUGAAAAGGGGUCAGGUGACCCGGGGGAGGGCGGGUCCCGGUCUGACUUCCUGUCACGUGAGCCAGGGAAGGAAGUGUCCCUUGCUGGCUUCCUGUCACGUGAUACAGGACGACUCGCACACGGACCCCGUGUAGCAGGUGGGUCAAAGGGGUCAGGUGACCCGGGAGGGCGGCUCCCGGUCUGACUUCCUGUCAUGUGAGCCAGGGAAGGAAGUGUCCCUUGCUGGCUUCCUGUCACGUGAUACAGGACGACUCGCACACGGACCCCGUGUAGCAGGUGGGUCAAAAGGGGUCAGGUGACCCGGGGAGGGCGGCUCCCGGUCUGACUUCCUGUCAUGUGAGCCGGGGAAGGAAGUGUCCCUUGCUGACUUCCUGUCAUGUGAUACCGGACGACUCGCACACGGACCCCGUGUAGCAGGUGGGUGAAAAGGGGUCAGGUGACCCGGGGAGGGCGGGUCCCGGUCUGACUUCCUGUCGUGUGACCUGGGGAGGGCGGGUCCCGGUCUGACUUCCUGUCACGUGAGCCAGGGAAGGAAGUGUCCCUUGCUGACUUCCUGUCAUGUGAUACCGGACGACUCGCACACGGACCCCGUGUAGCAGGUGGGUAAAGGGGUCAGGUGACCCGGGGAGGGCGGGUCGUUUCAUUUUUUCCUUCCAUUUUCUUUCCGUUUUCAUUUCAAUUUUAAUUUAAUUUUUUCCUUCCGUGUUCAUUUCAUUUUUCCGUUCGGUUUUUCGUUGCCUUUCUAUUUAAUCACUUUGCUCGUUUCAGUUUAAUUUUUUGGGGUUUAAUCGUAGUUUAAUUUUCCGGUCGAAUCUGAUUUUGAUGAUUUUGAUUUUGAUGAUUUCGAUUUCAAUGAAUUUGAUUUUGAUGAUUUUGAUUUCGAUGGUUUCGAUUUUGAUGAUUUUGAUUUCGACGAUUUCGAUUUUCGGAAUCGGAAAUCAAAGAUGGCCGCCCGCCCUUUCCCCCCCAUCAGGUGACCUGGCUCCCCGGCGACAAGCAGCCCCGCCUCCUGAGCUCUUCGACCGACGGCAAGAUCCUCCUAUGGCAGGAGGAGAAGGACGGGCUCCUCGAACCCGUGGCCGGCUUCGCCUUGGCCCUGCGGCAGAUCCCCCGGGGGGCCAGGCCCAAGAAGGUCAGCUGGGGGGUCGGGUUUGGGGGUCAGAUUUAGGUGUCAUGGUUGGGGGUCAGGGUUGGGGGUCAGAGUUGGGGGUCAGGGUUAGGUGUCAUGGUUGGGCGUCAGGGUUGGGGGUCAGGGUUGGGGGUCAGGGUUAGGUGUCAUGGUUGGGGGUCAGGGUUGGGGGUCAGGGUUGGGCGUCGGGGUUGGGGGUCAGGGUUAGGUGUCAUGGUUGGGGGUCAGGGUUAGGUGUCAUGGUUGGGGGUCAGGGUUGGGGGUCAGGGUUAGGUGUCACGGUUGGUCGGGGUUGGGGGUCAGGGUUGGGGGUCAGGGUUGGGCGUCGGGGUUGGGGGUCAGGGUUGGGGGUCAGAGUUAGGUGUCAUGGUUGGGCGUCGGGGUUGGGGGUCAGGGUUGGGGGUCAGGGUUGGGGGUCAGGGUUGGGGGUCAGAGUUAGGUGUCAGGGUUGGGGGUCAGGGUUAGGUGUCAUGGUUGGGCGUCGGGGUUGGGGGUCAGGGUUGGGGGUCAGGGUUAAGUGUCAUGGUUGGACGUCGGGGUUGGGGGUCAGGGUUGGGGGUCAGGGUUAGGUGUCAUGGUUGGGCGUCGGGGUUGGGGGUCAGGGUUAAGUGUCAUGGUUGGGCGACAGAGUUGGGGGUCAGGGUUGGGGGUCAGGGUUAAGUGUCAUGGUUGGGCGUCGGGGUUGGGGGUCAGAGUUGGGGGUCAGGGUUAGGUGUCACGGUUGGGUGUCGGGGUUGGGGGUCAGGGUUGGGGGUCAGGGUUGGGGGUCAGGGUUAGGUGUCAUGGUUGGGCGUCGGGGUUGGGGGUCAGGGUUAGGUGUCAUGGUGGGGUGUCGGGGUUGGGGGUCGGGGUUGGGGGUUGGGGUUGGGGGUCGGGGUUGGGGGUCAGGGUUGGGCGUCGGGGUUGGGGGUCGGGGUUGGGGGUCGGGGUUGGGGGUCAGAGAUGGGCGUCGGGGUUGGGGGUCAGGGUUGGGCGUCGGGGUUGGGGGUCAGGGUUGGGGGUCAGGGUUAGGUGUCAGGGUUGGGGGUCAGGGUUAGGUGUCAUGGUUGGGCGUCGGGGUUGGGGGUCAGGGUUGGGCGUCAGGGUUUGGGGUCAGGGUUGGGCCCUCCUCCUUUUCUCCUCCUGCCCCAUAGCAUUAUGGGGGCGCCAUCUCGGUUACUCACGCCCCCCUCCUUUCCUCCUCCUGCCCCACAGAUUUCCUGUGUUAACUCACAACUCCCUCAUUUCCUCCUCCUGCCCCACAGCAUUAUGGGGGGCGCCCCCUUGAGUACUCACAACCCUCUAAUUUUCUCCUCCUGCCCCACAGAUUUCCCGUGGGAACUCACGCCACCUCCUUUCCUCCUCCUGCCCCACAGAUUUCCCGUGCCCCACAGAUUUCACGCGCGCUCAUUUCCUCCUCCUGCCCCACAGCAUUAUGGGGGGCGCCACCUUGGGUACUCACAACCCCCUCCUUUCCUCCUGCCCCACAGAUUUACUGUGUUAACUCACAGCCCCCUUCAUUUCCUCCUCCUGCCCCACAGCAUUAUGGGGGGCGCCACCCUCCUGCCCCACAGAUUUCCCCUGUUAACUCACACCCCUCUCCUUUCCUCCUGCCCCACAGAUUUGCCGUGGGGACGCCCCGCUGGAGGUCACGGCCCCCUCAUUUCCUCCUCCUGCCCCACAGCAUUAUGGGGGGGCGCCACCUUGGGUACUCACAGCCCCCUAAUUUCCUCCUCCUGCCCCACAGAUUUCUCCUGCCCCACAGAUUUCACGCCCCCUCCUUUCCUCCUCCUGCCCCACAGCAUUAUGUGGGGCAACACCUUGGGUACUCACGCCCCCUUCAUUUUCUCCUGCCCCACAGAUUUCCCAUGGCAACUCACAACCCCCUCCUUUCCUCCUCCUGCCCCACAGAUACAGCCCCCUCAUUGCCUCCUCCUGCCCCACAGAUUUCCCGUGUUAACUCACAACCCCCCCAUUUCCUCCUCCUGCCCCACAGAUUUCCCGUGUUAACUCACACCUCUCUUCUUUCCUCCCGCCCCACAGAUUUGCCGUGGGGAUGCCCCGCUGGGGGUCACGGCCCCCUCCUUUCCUCCUCUCCCGCCCCACAGCAUUAUGGGGGGCACCACCUUGGCAACUCACAACCCCCUCAUUUCCUCCUCCUGCCCCACAGAUUUCCCAUGGGAACUCACAUCCCCCUCAUUUCCUCCUCCUGCCCCACAGAUUCCCCCUGUUAACUCACACCCCUCUCCUUUUCUCCUCCCGCCCCACAGAUUUGCCGUGGGGAUGCCCCGCUGGGGGUCACGGCCCUCUCCUUCUCCCCCUUUGAACCCUUCCUCUUCUUGCCCCACAGCAUUAUGAGGGGUGCCCCCUUGGGUACUCACGCCCCCUUCCUUUCUUCCUGCCCCACAGAUUUCUUGUGGAAACUCACGCCCCCCUCCUUUUCUCCUUCUCCCCCACAGCAUUAUGGGGGGCUCCACCUUGGUUACUCGCAGCCCCCUAAUUUCCUUCUCCUGCCCCACAGAUUUCCCCUGGGAACUCACACCCUCCUCCUUUCCUCCUCCUUCCCCACAGCAUUAUGGGGGGCUCCACCUUGGUUACUCACAGCCCCCUCAUUUCCUCCUCCUGCCCCACAGAUUUCCCCUGGGAACUCACACCCUCCUCCUUUCCUCCUCCUGCCCCACAGAUACUCACACUCCUCUCCUUUCCUCCUCCUGCCCCACAGAUUUCAUGCCCCUCAUUUCCUUCUCCUGCCCCACAGCAUUAUGGGGGGCGCCACCUCGGUUACUCACGCCCCCCUCCUUUCCUCCUCCUGCCCCACAGAUUUCCUGUGUUAACUCACAACCCCCUAAUUUCCUCCUCCUGCCCCACAGAUUUCCCGUGGGAACUCAGGCCCCCUCCUUUCCUCCUGCCCCACAGAUUUACUGUGUUAACUCACAGCCCCCUUCAUUUCCUCCUCCUGCCCCACAGCAUUAUGGGGGGUGCCACCCUCCUGCCCCACAGAUUUCUCGUUAACUCACACCCCUCUCCUUUCCUCCUGCCCCACAGAUUUGCCGUGGGGACGCCCCGCUGGGGGUCACGGCCCCCUCAUUUCCUCCUCCUGCCCCACAGCAUUAUGGGGGGCUCCACCUUGGUUACUCACAGCCCCCUAAUUUCCUCCUCCUGCCCCACAGAUUUCCUGUGCCCCACAGAUUUCACGCCCCCUCCUUUCCUCCUCCUGCCCCACAGCAUUAUGGGGGGCAACACCCUGGGUACUCACGUCCCCUUCAUUUUCUCCUGCCCCACAGAUUUGCCAUGGCAACUCACACCCUCCUUUCCUCCUCCUGCCCCACAGAUACUCACAACCCUCUCCUUUUCUCCUCCCGCCCCACAGAUUUGCCGUGGGGACGCCCCGCUGGGGGUCACGGCCCUCUCCUUCUCCCCCUUUGAACCCUUCCUCCUCUUGCCCCACAGCAUUAUGGGGGGCUCCACCUUGGUUACUCACAUCCCCCUAAUUUCCUCCCCCUGCCCCACAGAUUUCCCCUGGGAACUCACACCCUCCUCCUUUCCUCCUCCUGCCCCACAGAUACCCCCCUCUCCUUUUCUCCUCCCGCCCCACAGAUUUGCCGUGGGGACGCCCCGCUGGGGGUCACGGCCCUCUCCUCUCCCUUUGAACCCUUCCUCCUCUUGCCCCACAGCAUUAUGGGGGGCUCCACCUUGGUUACUCACAGCCCCCUCAUUUCCUCCUCCUGCCCCACAGAUACUCACACUCCUCUCCUUUCCUCCUCCUGCCCCACAGAUUUCAUGCCCCCUCAUUUCCUCCUCCUGCCCCACAGCAUUAUGGGGGGCGCCACCUCGGUUACUCACGCCCCCCUCCUUUCCUCCUCCUGCCCCACAGAUUUCCUGUGUUAACUCACAACUCCCUCAUUUCUUUCUCCUGCCCCACAGCAUUAUGGGGGGCGCCCCCUUGGGUACUCACAACCCCCUCAUUUCCUCCUCCUGCCCCACAGAUUUCCCCUGGGAACUCACACCCUCCUCCUUUCCUCCUCCUGCCCCACAGAUACUCACACUCCUCUCCUUUUCUCCUCCCGCCCCACAGAUCUGCUGUGGGGACGCCCCGCUGGGGGUCACGGCCCUCUCCUUCUCCCCCUUUGAACCCUUCCUCCUCUUGCCCCACAGCAUUAUGGGGGGCUCCACCUUGGUUACUCGCAGCCCCCUCAUUUCCUCCUCCUGCCCCACAGAUUUCCCGUGUUAACUCACACCCUCCUCCUUUCCUCCUCCUGCCCCACAGAUACUCACACUCCUCUCCUUUCCUCCUCCUGCCCCACAGAUUUCAUGCCCCCUCAUUUCCUCCUCCUGCCCCACAGCAUUAUGGGGGGCGCCACCUCGGUUACUCACGCCCCCCUCCUUUCCUCCUCCUGCCCCACAGAUUUCCUGUGUUAACUCACAACCCCCUAAUUUCCUCCUCCUGCCCCACAGAUUUACUGUGUUAACUCACAGCCCCCUUCAUUUCCUCCUCCUGCCCCACAGCAUUAUGGGGGGUGCCACCCUCCUGCCCCACAGAUUUCCCCUGUUAACUCACACCCCUCUCCUUUCCUCCCGCCCCACAGAUUUGCCGUGGGGACGCCCCGCUGGGGGUCACAGCCCUCUCCUUCUCCCCCUUUGAAUCCUUCCUCCUCUUGCCCCACAGCAUUAUGGGGGGCUCCACCUUGGUUACUCGCAGCCCCUUCAUUUCCUCCUCCUGCCCCACAGAUUUCCCCUGGGAACUCACACCCUCCUCCUUUCCUCCUCCUGCCCCACAGAUACUCACACUCCUCUCCUUUCCUCCUCCUGCCCCACAGAUACUCACACUCCUCUCCUUUCCUCCUCCUGCCCCACAGAUACUCACACUCCUCUCCUUUCCUCCUGCUGCCCCACAGAUACUCACACUCCUCUCCUUUCCUCCUCCUGCCCCACAGAUACUCACACCCCUCUCCUUUUCUCCUCCUGCCCCACAGAUACUCACACUCCUCUCCUUUCCUCCUCCUGCCCCACAGAUACUCACACUCCUUUCCUCCUCCUGCCCCACAGAUACUCACACUCCUCUCCUUUCCUCCUCCUGCCCCACAGAUACUCACACUCCUCUCCUUUCCUCCUCCCGCCCCACAGAUUUGCCGUGGGGACGCCCCGCUGGGGGUCACGGCCCUCUCCUUCUCCCCCUUUGACCCCACGGUCUUCGUGGCCGGGACCGAAGGAGGCGACCUCCUCAAGUGCUGGGCGGGGGCCGAGACCCCCGCCGUGGGGCCGCCCCACUCGGGGGGCGGCCUGCCCCUCAAGGCCCCUGCCCAGAUGGCUUUCGCGCCCCACGGCGGGCCCGUCUACUCGCUCAGCUGCUCGCCGUUCCACAGGUUUAUUAUUAUUAUUAUUAUUUAUUUAUUUAUUAUUGUUGUUUUGUUAUUGUUAUUAUUACUACUACUACUACUAUUAUUAUUAUUAUUAUUAUUACUACUACUACUACAGGAAGGUAGUAGUAGUACAGGAAGAUAUUAUUAUUAUUACAAGAAGAUACGGUGAUGAUUGAAAGACAUUAUUAUUAUUAUUAUUAUUAUUGUUAUUAUUGUUGUUGUUAUUAUUGUUGUUAUUAUUAUUAUUAAUUUAUUAUUAUUGUUGUUGUUGUUAUUGUUAUUAUUAUUAUUACUACUACUGCUACUACUAUUAUUAUUAUUAUUAGACCGGGGGUGGUCUUCUUCUUCUUCUUCUUCUUCUUCUUCUUCUUGGUAUUCUUCUUCUUCUUCUUCUUCUUCUUCUUCUUCUUCUUCUUCUUCUUGGUAUUCUUCUUCUUCUUCUUCUUCUUCCUACUACUACUACUACUACUACAGGAAGAUAGUAGUAGUACAGGAAGAUACUAUUAUUAUUACAGGAAGAUAUGGUGAUGAUUGGAAGACAUUAUUAUUAUUAUUAUUAUUAGACCGGGGGUGGUGGUAUUAUUAUUAUUACUAUUAUUAUUGGAAGAUAUGGUGAUGAUUGGAAGACAUUAUUAUUAUUAUUAUUAUUAUUAUUAUUAUUACUACUACUACAGGAAGAUAGUAGUAAAGGAAGAUGUUGUUAUUAUUACGGGAAGAUAUGGUGAUGAUUGGAAGACAUUAUUAUUAUUAUUAUUAUUAUUAUUAAAGGAAGAUAGUAGUAGUACAGGAAGAUGUUGUUAUUAUUGUUAUUACAGGAAGAUAUGAUAGGAAGACAUUAUUAUUAUUAUUAUUAUUAUUAUUAUUAUUAUUAUUACUACAGGAAGAUAGUAGUAAAGGAAGAUGUUGUUAUUAUUACGGGAAGAUAUGGUGAUGAUUGGAAGACAUUAUUAUUAUUAUUAUUAUUAUUAUUAUUAUUACAGGAAGAUAGUAGUACAGGAAGAUAUUAUUAUUAUUAUUGUUAUUAUUAUUACUACAGGAAGAUAGUAGUACAGGAAGAUAUUAUUAUUAUUAUUAUUAUUAUUAUUAUUAUUAUUAUUUUGUUGUUGUUUUGUUAUUGUUAUUAUUACAGGAAGAUAGUAGUAGUACAUUAAGAUAUUAUUAUUAUUAUUAUUAUUAUUAUUAUUAUUACUACAGGAAGAUAGUAGUACAGGACGAUGUUAUUAUUACAGGAAGAUACGAUAGGAAGACAUUAUUACUUAUUACUUGUUACUUACUAUUACUCACUGCUUCCACAUUAUUAUUAUUAUUAUUAUUAUUAUUCUUUUAUGUAUUACUCUUCCUCCCGGGAGGAACCUCUUUCUGAGCGGAGGGACCGACGGCCAUGUUCACCUCUACUCCAUGUUGCAAGCACAGCCCCUAGUAUCCCUGCAACUCUCCAAGAAGUAUGUUUUCGGGGUCCGGUGGUCCCCCGUCCGGCCCCUGGUCUUCGCCGCUGCUACCGGGGAAGGUACUACUAUUACUAUUACUACUACUACCCUGCCUGGGCUUCCCCAGCCACUACUACUACUACUACUACUACUACUACAACCAAUUGACAUUUAUACUCUGCCUGGGCUUCCCCAGCUGCUAUUACUACUAAUUUAUUAUUUCUAUCCUUCCUGGGCUUACCCAGCCGCCGCCACUAUUAUUACUACUACUACUACUAACAACUUAUUUAUACCCUGCCUGGGCUUCCCCAGCUGCUACUACUACUAGUACUAGUAAUAAUAACUUACUAUUUAUACUCUGGGCUUCCCCAGCCACUAGUAUUUCUACUACUACUGCUACUACUAACUUAUUAUUUAUACCCUGGCUGGGCUUCCCCAGCCACUACUAUUACUACUACUAAUAUUAUUUAUACCCUCCCUGGGCUUCCCUAGCCACUAGUACUAUUACUACAACUACUACUAACUUAUUAUUUGUACCCUCCCUGGGCUUCCCUAGCCACUAGUACUAUUACUACAACUACUACUACUGACUUAUUAUUUGUACCCUCCCUGGGAUUCCCUAGGCACUAGUAUUAUUAUUACUACUAUUACUAUCUUAUUAUUUAUGCCCUCCCUGGGCUUUCCCAGGCACUACUACUACUACAUUAUUUAUACCCUGCCUGGGCUUCCCUAGUCACUAGUGCUGCUAUUAAUAAUAAUACCAACUUACUAUUUAUACUCUGCCUGGGCUUCCUCAGCCCCUACUACUACUACUACUACUACUAACAACUUAUUACUUAUACCCUGCCUGGGCUUCCCCAGCUGCUACUGCUACUACUACUACUAGUACUACUACUACCUUAUUAUUUAUACCCUGCCUGGGCUUCCCCAGGGAUUACUAAUACUAAUAACUUACUAUUUAUACCCUGCCUGGGCUUCCCCAGCCACUAAUAAUAAUAAUAAUAUUAUUAUUUAUACUCUAGCUGGGCUUCUCCAGCUGCUGCUGCUGCUACUACUACUACUACUACUACUAAUUACUUAUUAUUUAUACCUUGUUUGAGCUUCCCCAGUCACUACUACUACUAAUAACUUAUUAUUUAUACCCUCCCUGGGCUUCCCCAGCUGCUACUGCUACUACUAAUAAUAACAACAACGCAUUAUUUAUACCCUCCCUGGGCUGCCCCAGCUGCUACUACUACUACUAAUAACAACAACGCAUUAUUUAUACCCUCCCUGGGCUGCCCCAGCUGCUGCUACUACUACUACUACUAAUAUCGCAUUAUUUAUAUUUUGCCUGGGCUUCCCCAGCCACUAAUAUUACUACUAAUAAUAACAUUAUUUAUAUCCAGCCUGGGCUUCCCCAGCCGCCACUACUACUACUACUACUAUACUACUACUAACAACAACUUAUUAUUUAUACCCUGCCUGGGCUUCCCCAGCCACUAGUAUUACUACUAAUAAUAACAACUUAUUAUUUAUACCCUGCCUAGGCUUCCCUAGCUGCCGCUACUACUACCAUUACUAACUAUUAUUUAUACUCUGUCUGGGCUUCCCCAAUCACUAUUACUACUAUUAAUAAUAACUACUUAUUAUUUAUACCCUGCCUGGGUUUCCCCAGCCACUAGUAUUACUACUACUAAUAACAACUUAUUAUUUAUACCCUGCCUAGGCUUCCUCAACCACUAGUAUUAUUAUUACUACUACUACUAAUAACUUAUUAUUUAUACCCUUCCUGGGCUUCCCCAACCACUAGUAUUACUACUACUAACAACAACUUCUUAUUUAUACCCUGCCUAGGCUUCCUCAACCACUAGUAUUAUUAUUCUUACUACUAAUAAUAACUUAUUAUUUAUACCCUUCCUGGGCUUCCCCAACCACUAGUAUUACUACUACUAACAACAACUUCUUAUUUAUACCCUGCCUAGGCUUCCUCAACCACUAGUAUUAUUAUUCUUACUACUAAUAAUAACUUAUUAUUUAUACCCUUCCUGGGCUUCCCCAACCACUAGUAUUACUACUACUAACAACAACUUCUUAUUUAUACCCUGCCUAGGCUUCCUCAACCACUAGUAUUAUUAUUCUUACUACUAAUAAUAACUUAUUAUUUAUACCCUUCCUGGGCUUCCCCAACCACUAGUAUUACUACUAAUAUUAACAACUUCCUAUUUAUACCUUGCCUGGGCUACCACCGCCGCUGCCACUACUACUACUACUACUACUACUACUACUACUACUACUACUAUACUACUACUAACAACUUAUUAUUUAUACCCUGCCUGGGCUUCCCCAGCCACUACUACUACUAUUACUAAUAAUAAUACCUUAUUUAUACCCUGCCUAGGCUUAUUUACUAUAUUUACUAUAUUUAGUAUUAAAAUAUUUAUCUGAAUUUAAAUGUAUUCAAAUAUUCCUGUAAGAUUUAUUUAAAUUUGCCGAAUAAAAUUAGAAUAAAUUACUCUGUCUUUCCCCAGGGGAAAUCCAUCUCUUUGACUUCGGCCAAAACUCCCAGAAGCCCUCGCUCUCCGUCCGUCAAAGCCCAGAGCCCGCCUACUGCCUGGAGUUCAACCCCCGGCGGGCUCAGCUAUUGGCCGCCGGGGACGGAGGGGGCGGGGUCAAGGUCUGGCAGCUGGGCGGGGAAUUUGGGGAGGAAGGAGGGAGGGAGAGGAGCCAGCUGGAGAUGCUGGCCAAUGAGGUGAGCGACUGA